AUAAAAAUAUAACAGCUGCUAAGAGAUAAUUCAGUACGGAAAUAUCAUUGUUCGUCCCGGGUUUGACUUUUUUGUAUUAUGGGGGUAGAUAUUCAAACUAUUUAUUUAACUUUAUUUAAAUACCACACGCAACUUCACGCAAGAUUCUGCGUAAAAUAGUGAUAAAAAUGACUUCCGACGCUGUAAUUGAUUUAACUCGAUCAUUUGUGAGUUUUGCGACUGAUCAAGACCAAUUUAAAACCAACAACGUUGUUGUAAUAGAUUUGUUGGACACCGAUGACGAGCGGAAUAUUAAUUCUGUACAAGAAAAAAUAUCUAAUAAAAAGCACCGUCAGCAACAUAUUGAAAAAACGGGGAGUGGUGGAUCUUCAUACAAAGAAAAAAGAAGCAGUCCGAAAACUCAGUCAUACGACUGGGGCGAGUGCCCCAUUUGCUGGGAUAAGAUGGGCAGUAAUCCUUUAGCUUCUACAAAAUGUGGCCACGUCUAUUGCUUGAAAUGUUUAGAGCGGUCUUUGAAGGUUGAGAAACGAUGCCCAACAUGCAGACGCGGGUUAAAGGGUAAUUCCGCUUAUCACCCGUUAUAUUUAAAUAUUUAGCUUUUGCGUGUGGUUUGCACGUUA